AUGGGCGUCAUCGUCGCCGAGAUUUUUGCCCAAGAAGUCCUACAACACAUCGUAAAAACUAAUUACCGAAUAAAUACCGUUUCCGACCGUUGGCUGGGUCGGUCCGCCCUCGACUCCGCGUUCGCCCGCGCCGCAUCCGCCUUCAGGCAACCUGGCACAUCGAUCUUUCACCAAACCGCCGCCGCGCAUGCCCCUGCCGCUCUCCAUGGCGCCGCCGGAGCCGGAGAUGUUCGACGUCGUCAUCUUCGGGGCCUCGGGCUUCACCGGCAAGUACGCUAUUCGCGAGGCCCCCAUGUUCCUCAACGCCUCAUCCUGUCAUCCUCCUCCCCGUUCCGCUCUCUCGCCGCCUCGCGGUCACUGGCUGCAGUCGUGACCGCGUCGCAACCGCGCGGGCCCCGCCGCCCGAGGAGGCGAGGACGUGCCCAUCCUCAUCGCCGACACCUCCGACCCGGCCUCCUUUCGGCGCUCGCCACCUGCGCUCGCGUCGUUCUCUCCUGCGCGGGGCUCUUCCGCCUCCACGGCCACGCCGUGGCGGCAGCCUGCGCGGCCGUGGGCGCCGACUGCCUCGACAUCUCCGAGGAGCCCGAGUUCAUGGAGCGCGUUGAGGCCGAGCUCCACGAGCCCACCGCCAGGAGCGGUUCGCUUAUCGUCUCCGCCUGCGGGUUCGGCUUCGUCCCCGCCGAGUUCGGCUUCCUGUUUCACUCCAGGCAGUGGGAAGUGGGAACCCCCCUUCCCGCCGGCUACCGUGGAGGCGUACGUGAGCCUGCUGGUGAUGUUUGGUUUGAUGAAUCAUAUUCAUAUUAGAAAUUUGGUGGAUGAGCUCAUUCAUAUUAGUACUAACUAAAUAUGAGAAAUGAGGUGGUGAUGGAUCAACUUAUUACAAUCCAAAAACCAAAUGAAAAAAAGUGAGAAGUGAGAACUAGCUCGUUCAUCAAAAAACACCCUAUAAAAGAAUUGUCGUUGACAUCAGCACCUACGAAUCAGCCACGCUCGAAGUGGUCAACGCUGGCCAGCUGCAGGUGUUGCGCCGGUCUAGGCUCAGGCGACCCUGGCCCAAUGGUUCAGUUUGGUGUGGUGUGCUGAUGAUUGUUCCUGCUGUUGAUGUUUGGAUGAAUUGCUCAAGUGGCUGACAGCCGAGAUGUGGAUAUGGCAAAUGCUGAUCAUCAUGGCAGAUAGAGACAGAUACCUCUUCUUUUUCGAGGACUUUAAUUUUUGGCAUUUUCCUUUUAAAUGCACACCCAUCAUUAUCUGGAAUAAAUUCCUGCAUUAGGAGCCAGUAUAAGGUUCUGAACACACCUGAUUGCUUUCAAUGCCAUGCCACAGUGAAUUAAAUGUUCUCAAAAUUUUAUCAAGCAAAUACCAUUGUGUCGUUUCUACUAUGUUCAUCUUUUAGGAAUAAUCAUACAAUACUGGUACCUUACAAGCUCAUCACAAUCUAAAUUGAUAGAACAAACUGCUGAAACUAUCUCUGCAUAAAAAAGAAGUUUUUGACCUGCACAUCAUCUCUUUGCUGUUGAUGCAAGAUAUUGACAGGAAGACUUUAGAAAUUUUAUUUCAGGUAAAGAAGAUCUAGGAAGGAAGCAAAUCUUAUGGCUUCUAAGCCAACUGUAGUUGAUUGCAUUUUCUUCACAUAUCAUUGAUAAAAGCAUGUAGCCUUGACUGAUAGAAUGGAAAGGAGGUGAGCCCCUGUGUGCCCAUCACAAGAUGCCAGCUAUCUGAUCAACUAGGUGAACGGUGGUCACACAUAGCCAGAUUUUAGGAGCACCAUGUCCAGCUGGUAGUGGGGCACAACAGUGAGGAGCAUGACACACAUAUGCCCACACCAAGCAAACUUGCUACAUUAGUCCCGGCAGAUGCAUUCACCAUUGGAACAUAUUCUGUUGUCACGUUGCCUUUUCAAGGAGUUCUUUUAUUCUGCAAUAUAUUUGCAAAUUGAUUUAGUUGUCGUGUGUACCCACAUUACCCUGCAGUUUCUGCCUUUUUAUUCUGCAUUCACCAUUGCUGUCCUACCCCCACCCCACCCCCAGCGGAACUUUUGUGUUCCUACUUUAUGCCGUUCUUGUAAAUUGUAAACAUUUCUAAAGCCUUUCUAUAUUGAUACAGGCUGGGCAGAAAUCCUGGCGGCAGUGUGGGGAGAAAAGAUGUGCAAGUGGAGUGGAGAGGUCCAACAAGGUAGAAUGGACUAAGGGAGGAAUUCUUCUCUUGGAGUGGGGGUUAAAGUGGCUUAUCUUAACAUGCAUCCGAUCCUCUCUCUCUGGGGUUUGUGAUAACAAGAUUCAAAGGAUGAUGCCUCGUCAAUAGGGUUCCUGUUUUUCUCCUUAUCAUCCAUGAAACCUUGCCCCCACCCACCCACCCAAAAAAAAAAAAUGGAAGGCUCUCUUGUGGGGUUGCUAAAUAAUUUGGUUUGGUGUUCUGGUCUGUUUUCGGCUAGACACAUUGAUGUCAUAAUCGAAACGCACAUGAAGGCUGGCAGCAGCUUGUGAUCUGAAUCCAAGUCCAUUGUUCACUUUGUGGCCCCGGAAGAGCCAGAAUGAAAACUUGACUGUGCAUGCACAUACAUGUAGCGGGUAAAACCUCCCUUGUCGUGACCUGUGUGAGUUUUGCCAUAUGACUUGCAAACAGUAAAAUGAUUGUGCAUAUGCUGGACCAUGAUUCAUAUAUAUGGCAAGAGGAUGAAAAAUCAUUCGCUUGCAGAAAUGGACCAA